AUGCUCGACACCCCCGUCGCCGCCUUGGAGGCGGCGAUCCAACACUCGCUGGACUGGUUUCUUUACGACAAUGCCUGCUUUCUUGCCGAACGCCUCUACUAUGAAGCUGCCACGGACAAAGCCACUCUGUUGCUUGGCAAAUGCUACUUUCUAUCUGGUCAAGUGCGACGUGCCUAUCAGGUGCUGAAAAAGUGCCCGCUGCCUGCUGCGCGCUAUCUUUUUGCGCGAUGCUGCUUGGACAUGCGACGCGCCCACCUCUUCACAGCCGCUGUGCUGCCCAGCUUUCAAGAGGGAGAUCUGGCACUGAUUGGCCUCGACAUGGCAACGGAGCCCCAAAAUCUAUCUCGCUUCACUGGCCACAACGGCGCAGCUGAAUGGUUGCAUGGUUCGCUGCUUCUGCAAGCCAACCGCAAACGCGAAGCCACGCGCCUUCUGCGCAAGAGUUGGGAACAAAACGGCUACCUCUUCACCAGCUUCGAUGCCAUCUGCCAGCUGGACGACAAACCUGUUGAUGUUCAGCAAGGCUUUCAAGACCAGACCCUGGCAACGCGACUUGCAUUGGCCAAUGGCCAACCUCACAUGCGGCCAAUGACAUCAUCAACGGCCGUGCCCUCAGUUACGCCGCGGCACAAUACCGCCACCUUGCCCGUCGCCACCGCUGUCACGAGCGGGACACCAAAAAUGCUGGAUGAGAGCGCGGCUUCCCCGCCCCUGCAAGAAUUGGACUUGUCAGGCAUGCAAUCUCUGCCACAAACUGCAAACGCUACCCCGGCUAGUCGUCGGGGUCGCACGCGCACGGCCCAUGUGCGCCAGACCCUCUCUUUUGAUUCGCCUGCGGAAUCUCAGCCGUCAACCUUGGCCUCUGCUGCCAAAGCCAAGCCUGAGCCAUCCCGCCUGAGAGCUUCAUCAGCAUCCACGGCUGCAGCAUCGCCACUCGUGUCGUCAAUACCACCGGGACCCAACUUCGAGACUCCGCCCGCUGCUCUUUCAAACGAGCAGCAAACCCCAGGUGUGAUAUCUACGCAAUUCUCUCUUCGCCCUGUCGCCUGUGAGAAAGCAUGUCCAUUUCGAUCCCUAACCCCCGAAUCCUAUGCAGUGGAGGCCCAGCCUCCUCGUCGCAGCCAACGUAUUGCGCGAAAAGAAGCAGGCGCCAAGCGUUCACAUAAUGUGGCCCAUGGCGAGGUCGGGCACCUUCUCACGGCACCAGACUCUCCGGUUGAGGAGGGGGGCGUAGAGCAAACACCCGACGUUCAGCCCGCUCAUCCUGCUCGUCCUGCUUUCCCGGAAAAGCAGGGAGUAGCCCGCCGCAAAUUCAAGCCACGGGCCUCCAAAUUGUCUUUCCAAACGCCCCAGGCCGAUGCCAAGACCCCAGAUGACUUGGACACGAGCGAUGGUUUGGCCCAGGCUGACUUCACGACACCUGAAUCAGCCGACCCCAAUGAGCGCUGGACCGCCCCAGGAAGCCAUGCCAGCACCCCAACGGCCGUGCAUCCCAUAACCCGUCAGGCCCGAGAGGAAGGCUCAUCUGACCCAGGGACCCCUGAUCCGGAACCUGAGCAUGCUUCAGAGAAACAGCAGGCACAAGAUCACCAGCCGCGACCCGUGGACCUGACCUCCAGUCAUGCCCUUGCGGUGCAAAUUUUGCUGCCGGUGUACCGUGCCGUGGCGGCCAUGGGGCAUUACAACUGCCACUCCGCCAUUGAUGCCAUCGAAACGCUACCGGUCAAGCAUCAAAACUCGGGCUUUGUACAAGUUCUGCUUGGCCGCGCGUACAUGGAGCUAGCCGACUACGACGCGGCGGAACAGGCCUUUCGCAGCGCUCGGCGCUUUGAGAAGCAUCGAUUGAGUGGCCUCGAGUACUACAGUACCGUGUUGUGGCACAUGGCCAAGAUUACAGACCUGGCCUAUCUGGCCAAUGAGGUCAUGACCAUUGACCCGAAACAUGCCGUCUCCUGUCUUCAAAAGGAGGCUGAUCGUGCUUGCCAGUACUUUCAGCGCGCUGUGCAACUCGACCCUACGUUUGCCUACGCCUAUACUUUAUUGGGCCAUGAGUUCUCCGCCAACAACGAUCACGAGCGGGCCCAAGCGUGCUUUCGCCAGGCCCUGGCACAAAACCGCCGCCUAUACAACGCCUGGUUUGGCUUGGGCAUGCUGGCAGCCCGACAAGAGCGCUUGGUCGAGGCUGAGAAGCAACUCAUCUUGGCAACUCGCAUCAAUCCUUCCAGCCCAAUUUUGCGUUGUCAUCUUGGCAAGGUGUUGGGCAUGCGUGGACGCUUUGUGCUGGCUUUGCGUGUGCUCGACAAGGCUUAUGAAAUGGCACCCGAAAACCCAUUGGUACGCUACACUCGUGCCAGCAUGCUCAUCAGCCUGAAUCGAUACCCGGAGGCGUUGACCGAGCUGGAGAAGCUUUUGGUUGAUGCACCCAAAGAAAGCGUGGUCUAUUUCAUGCUGGGCAAGGUUCACGAACGGGUACGAUCAUGA